CCCCGCCGUGUGCGCGUGUCUCGACAGUGUCAGGUACACCUGCCGUCUGCCGCGACGCAAACACAACGACCGUUAUCGUCCUAAAUGACAGCCUAAUGGACGAACGGAAAGGUAGUCUAUGCAUGCCUGUGUCGUUUAUGUGAACUCUUUGUGGAGUGCAGUGUUGUGUUCAUGUUGAUAUGGAGGAGGUUCGAAUAUCGGAUUGGCCCGAACCACCGGGUUCGCAUGCAUGGCUGCCCGCUUAUGGUUUCCAGCAUGACUUAUUGGAUAAAGAUGACUUUUUUGGUUCAAAUGGUGACAGUGGCAGCACUCACGCGUUGUACCUCGAAACGAUAGUCGAGGAAACAAGCGAUGAUUUGCGUUCGGAACGAUCUUCGGCUGCAACAUGGCUUUCGGAUUCAGAUGCAGAUUCCGUUAUUCAUGUGCGGGGAGCUGUGGGGUCGGAGUGCGACAGUGAAUCAGAAAGGGAAUGGGCUUGUCCGGCCAAGCGGCGCCGUAGGGAGCGCGCCGCCUCGCCCGGCAGCACGGGCUCGCUCUCACGCUCCUCCAGCCUCGCGCAGUUCGAGUCCCUCGAACGCUCCUGCGCAGCGCCCGCCUCGCCCAGCUUGUCGCCCGAUUCCCUCGAGUCCCCGCCAAACUCGCCCCCGCCAGCGCGUGCCCCCGCGCCCCGCACACAUCUCUCCGCAGAGAACCUCAGCGAAGAUAGCGGGUAUAGCGAACGGGCCCGCCGCCCCCUCGCGCCCAUCAAGCGACCGACAGAAAUAACGGCGGGCACCGCGGCUGGAUCCGCGCCCUGCCUCGCCUCGCCAACCGCCGUGCGCAGACCACCACGAACCGCGCGCGCGCUUUCGCUACCAGCAGAGCUCGACGUGUGCGCGGAGCCACGCCGCACCGCCGCGCACCGCGCGCGCUUCCGACAGACCUUUGAGGUGUCCGAAAGCCUCACCGUCAGCGUGGCGGACCUCACAGCGCUGGACUACCGCGGCGGGCUGCGCCGUCCGCGCCACCCGCCGCCGCCGCCGCCCCGCGCCCCGCGCCAUGCCCCACCCCCGCCUCCGCCUGACACCAGACUACCUCCACCUGCGCCACCCCGCGAGCCGAGUGCCGACAGCGACUCUACCACAGAAUCAGAGAAGGCCUUCGCACACGAAAUGGAGACCACUGUUCGACGUCUAGACGAGAACGCGAUGAGAGCGCUCGCCGAGACCGGGGACUUCGACCGCGGCCUGUCUGUGCUGACGGCGAAACGGCUGCGCGACUCAUGGGGCGCCUGGGAUGACGUGCUCGACGAACUGCGCAGGCGGAUAGAACCUUCGUCUGCGACGCCCUCCCCCCCACGAACGCCCUCCCCGGAUCCCAUCAGGGAGCCGGUUUUCGCGUCCACCCCUCUUCGGUCAUCGUGUGACGCGCGCGUUCGGUCCACACCUGAAUUACGAGCGGGCGCAACCCCGCAUCGCGAAACGCCGGAGGAAUUGCGCGCGUCCCUGCAACUGGUCGCACCGCCCGAGGCCGCGCCACCCGCGCGCUCCAUCUCUGCCGGCUCCAAGGGUGUAACGUUCUCGCCUGUGGUAGCAGAAGUUAGCUGGCGCGAGUCGAGCGCGAGCGCGAGCACGGUGAGCUCGAGCUCGAGCGGGAGCGACGACGCGGCGGACGCAGAGGUGACGGUGGUGGGGCAGGGGCGGGGCGAGGCGCCGCGCGCGCCGUCCGCACACGCAGACGCAGACAUGACGGAAACGGGCGCGCGCGCGCCGCGCAGCCGCAUCGCGGGCUUUUUGUCGCGGUUCGCGAACUUCCGUUUUUCGGGGCGCAAAGAUAAGAAACUUCGCGCAGGCGCGAACCCCCGGAGCGGCGGGACCGCGGUGACGGCGGCAGACGCGGGGCAGGGCUCGCGCGCGGCGGCCGGGCCGCAGUUCGUGCGCAUCCCGCUGAAGGAGGAGGGCGCGGCCCCCGCGGGCGUCGUGGCGCGCAGGCCGCCGCGGCCGCCGGCGCCGGCGCCUGGCGUGCUGGAGACGGACGUGGACACGCAGCGCACGGUGCUGCACGCGCGGUCGCUGCUCGCGCUGGCGCCGGUCGACCGCCGCACGCCGCGCCCGCACAAGUCCAUGGAGUUCCUGCUCGACAAGGACAGCGCGCAGACCGUUCAGCCCCCUGAGAACGAGUUGCAGAAGAAUUCGGAUCGUGUCCUCUCCGAGCACGAACUGCGAGUGCAGAGAUCACUACAGAAGCUCAAUGUGCCCGAAUGGUACAAGAACGCACCAGCCGCCCGCGAGGGUUUCCUGCUCCGGAAGCGGUUAUCGGACGCUUCGUCUGCGGCGCGCUGGGGUGGCCUCAAUUCCAAGACUACAUCGCUGGGCAGCUUGGGCGCCGGCGCGCAGCCCCCGCCGCCGCAGCUCUCCCCGCACACUACCAGCUUCGGCAGGUGGUCUACCAGCAGGCUUAACUCCAAUCAAACAUCUCCAUGCUCGUCGACUCGCAGCAGCGUGCGCGGCGGCAGCCCGCUGUGCUCGCCGUCCGCGCGCUCCUCCUUCAGCGCGCGCCAGCCCUACCUCGGCUGGCGCAGCCAAGAGCGCCUCAACACGACGCCGAGGACGCCGCACGAGAGGCUAGCCUCAUCUCUGCUGCAGCAGUCGAGCGCAUCAGCGAAGGCGUCGGAGGAGAUCCAGUCGUCGAUCAAGGAGGUGACGUCAGCCAUCGUGCAUUAUGUGUCGGGCCUGGAGCCCGCCAACGGCGACCUCGACCGCCAGCCCUCGCCGCGAUCCAGUCAAAAGCUCUACUGGCUAGAGAGCUCCUUUGUUGGUACGAAACCGUUAGAGUCCCCGCAGACGCCGCUGGUGGUGACUGAGGCGCUGCCCCCCCCACACCCGCGCCCGCCCUCCUCCCUGCGCCUCGAGCACCGCGCCGCGCCCGAUUGGCAAGAGUGCCAACAACCUUUGAACUUCGGCCUGAGCAGGCCCUCACCCAGCUCCACCACUCUAGAGGACGUUCUGGAUUCCCUACUAGGCCUACCCUCGCAGCCCGCCAGGAUACCCACUCCGCAGCCUAGUCCUAGGAAGAGCCCCUAUUAUUUUAUGGGAGGGAAGAGUCCCCGAUACGAACAGCUAACUAGUAGCGGGCACAGCAGCGCCUCGGCCGCCUCCCGCCUCGUCAGUACGCCCAGCGAACCCAGCUCUCUCACAGACCCCAGCCCCGACCGACAAGGCAAGGAAGCAGUUGAUAAUUCAGCCGCAAUGCAAGAUUCGAGACGGUCGCGGUCCGCGCAGGGCGAUCGGUCUCGAAGGAAGAGCGAGCCCUGCACUGGCGCCGGCGCCUCGCUAGACCGGCGCACCAGCCUGGACGCCGCAACACUGCGCGCGACAGAGCCCCGCGGACCUCAGCACGACUCGCGCGCCUCCCUCCUCUCUCUGCAGACGGAGAACAGCGCCGAAGAAGCCUUCGUCAAGUGCAAAUACCCCAAGUGCCCCUCGCGCGCCCCCCUCGCGGACGCCAAACGGCAUUACAAGUCAUGUCACAACUGCACGACGAUGUACUGCUCGAAGGAGUGUCGGCGCGCGCACUGGGAGAAGCACAGGAAGGUGUGUCUGCAUUCCCGCGCCAGCGCCCUCUGCAGGCAAAUUAUAUCUGCCGCGAAGGAGGACGCGAGCUCCCUGCAUCAGAUCAGCACCAUCGCCCAUAAAGGGUAUCUGGCGCAUGGCAGGGGUGUGGUCAAAGUGUUCUUCACGAGCCCGGAGGCUGCGGAAAAAUUCACAACACAUGGCUACCAGUACCUCAGCGAACCCGAGUACGUUAAGUGGAUCUCGCUGCAACCGAACGAAAUGGGAGUAGAGCUGUAUACGGAAGUGGUCAAGCUGUGUAAAUCGUACAAUCCUGAGACUAGAGUGAUUCUGUUUGUAGCCGUGUGUAUAAUCAGCGAGGUGCCCACGAAGGGCGCGGUGAAGUGGGAGCGGCAGAUGGUGUCGCGGUGCGCCAAGUUGCGUCUCAGCAAGACCGUCACCGCGGCCAUACAGGAACAGAAUCGAAGGCGGCACAGGAGAGACAGCAAGGGAACGCCGGAAGACCGCGAGACGCUUAUUCUGACGUCGAAACUGACCAAUGCUGGCGAGAAGAACGCGGCCACGGCGCAUAAGUUUAGAGAGAUAUGCUUUAAGAAUAUUGUGUACGAGUUGGAGAGUAGAGGGGUGGUUCUGAAGAAGCAUUUCCCCGAGGUGUACUCGCGGCUGGCGGCGUACGUGGACGGCACGAGCGACCGGUUCAUUCCGAUGACGAUAUACCCUCGGGACGUGACGAGCGGCAAGUCCUUCGUGUGCGUCAUAAUGCCGGACAGUGAGGCGGACAGCGGCACGCCUGUGGACGGCAAGGUCUUGACGGUGGAUGUCGGCUUGGACCGCUCUCGGCAUCAGAUAUCGACUCCCAUGUGAAGCUUUGUAAAUCUUAGAGAUAUUGAAUAAUUGCUAAACAAAUCUGCGGAACUAUGUAGCAAUUAUUUCUUAGGAAAAAGCUUAAGUACUUUUAUGGGAGCUUUUAAAUCGUACGUAACGUCUUGUUAUUCGGUGAUGGUUCGUCAUUUCAUAAUUCUUAACAUUCCAUAGAUCUAUUGUCAAUAUAUGGCUUAAAUUUAAAUAUUUAUACUUCCUAAAUCUUUGAUAAUGAAUCUCUUUUAAUAAUAA